GUCCCAAAGACAGGGUGGAGAACCAGAAAAGGUAAGCUGGCAGGGACUUAGUAUGUGAGCAAUUAACAGGGCGGAGGAAAGGAGGACGGAGAGAGCUUGUACUUUCUCUUUUCAGGGAACAGCUUGAGCUAUAGCUUUGGCGAAGUUCAAUUCCAGACCUACAGACUCAUUCGACUUGCUGGUUACCUGAGCCGGGGAACCACGUCAGCGCCACAUCAUUUCGGGCUUUUUAUACUGAAAGGAAACAGGAAAAGGAGAGCUAGCGAGAGAACGAGCGAGUAAGAGAAAAAAGAAACACUAGCCAGCCAAUCACAAGGAGAACUCAAGUGCACAAAGGGAGCAAGAGCCGGGAGUGGAAGGGGGAGGGUGAAGAAAGGGGAGCAAGGAGAGAGAGGACCUUCAUUUAAGCCUCUCAAACUUUGGGCGCUGUCUUUGCAAACGGGAGGCGGGGGCUGAGAGAGGCCGGCUGUGUGGGUGGCAGUGGAGAGGGGCCGCCCUAGAGGAGACCGCGAGCGUCCGGGGCGGACUCCGGGCUGCCUCGGAGUUCAUUGAGGGAUUCACCCCCUCCCACCACAGUUCCUCACGACCCGCGUGCCAGAGUGUCGGUAGCUGUGCACGCGUGAGAGAGGGAGUGUGCUUGUGUGUGUUUGUGUACGCGCGCGGUCGUGUGUGUGUGUGUGUGUGUGUGUUGGGUUGUGUGCUGGGCUCCCAAACGGCCGGCUCGCGCUCUCCUGGGGUCUGCGGCGGCUGCGGCGGCGGCGCGCGGGGAAGAUGCUGCAGUCCCUGGCCGGCAGCUCCUGUGUGCGGCUGGUGGAGAGACACCGCUCUGCCUGGUGCUUCGCAUUCUUGGUGCUGGGCUACCUGCUCUACCUGGUGUUCGGCGCUGUGGUCUUCUCCUCGGUGGAGUUGCCCUACGAGGACCUGCUGCGCCAAGAGCUGCGCAAGCUGAAGCAGCGCUUCCUGGAGGAGCACAAGUGUCUAUCGGAGCAGCAGCUGGAACAAUUCCUGGUGCGGGUGCUGGAGGCCAGCAACUACGGCGUUUCUGUUCUCAGCAACGCCUCGGGAAAUUGGAACUGGGACUUCACCUCCGCCCUCUUCUUCGCCAGCACGGUGCUCUCCACCACAGGUUAUGGACACACAGUACCGUUAUCAGAUGGUGGUAAGGCCUUCUGCAUCAUCUAUUCUGUCAUUGGCAUCCCCUUCACCCUCCUGUUCCUGACUGCAGUGGUCCAGCGUAUCACCGUUCAUGUCACUCGGAGGCCUGUGCUCUACUUCCACAUCCGCUGGGGAUUCUCCAAACAGUUGGUUGCCAUCAUCCAUGCAGUUUUGCUUGGGUUUGUGACUGUGUCCUGUUUCUUCUUCAUCCCAGCAGCAGUGUUUUCUAUCUUGGAAGACGACUGGAACUUUUUGGAAUCCUUUUAUUUUUGUUUCAUUUCCUUGAGCACCAUUGGCUUAGGGGAUUAUGUUCCUGGAGAAGGCUACAAUCAGAAAUUCAGGGAGUUGUAUAAGAUAGGUAUCACAUGUUACCUGUUGUUGGGCCUCAUUGCCAUGCUAGUAGUUUUGGAAACAUUCUGUGAACUCCAUGAGCUCAAAAAGUUUAGAAAAAUGUUCUACGUGAAGAAGGAUAAGGAUGAAGACCAAGUCCACAUCAUGGAACAUGACCAGCUCUCGUUCUCUUCCAUCACAGAUCAAGCUGCUGGCCUGAAAGAGGAUCAGAAGCAAAAUGAACCUUUUGUGACAGCUCAGUCAUCAACAUACACUGAGGGCUCAGCAAACAAUUAAAAAGUAGGAUUCCUCAGUCCCUUUGUCAUAGCACACUUAUGUCCCUGCAAGUCAGAAAUAGAAAAAGCUUUUGUUCAUUUUUAUGGAAAUAUAAAAGCCAAGCUGAUAUUGCCACCCAAACAAAUAUCCAUUAUUUGAGGUAUUAAAAACAAACAAAAUGGCAAACAUGGACUCAGUUGGAAAAUGUGGUGUCUGGGUAGAGGGAACCUCUAUCUGUAAGGCAAUAUCUAACAAAUGAGCUUGGGCUUUGCAAAUAGGCAAGAAAUGUUGCAAACAAUGCUACUGUGGAAAGGUUAGCAAUGCUUGGCAAGAAGUAGGUUUUCUACUUUUAAUUGAGAAAUUUUGGGUUUGUCUUUGAAUCAUUUAGCAGCUGUAUAGUAAAACUUUAUAUUUAACAGAGAGGCUUAGCAAAGUGUUUUAUAAUUAAGUUCCUGUGUACUAUUUGCAUGUACCCAUCCAAAGUGAUUAUUUUUGUAGAAUGUAAGUUAAGACCUACUAUUUAUAAUGAACGUUUAACUAAUAACAUGUGUACAUAUGAAGUAUAAAUAUGUUUAUAUCCUGUGUAUAUAGAAAUACAUAUAUGUGUGUGUAAAUAUAUAUAUAUAUAUGUGUGUAUAUAUAUGGUGCGUCCCUAGAAUUCAAUUAACUUCUUAGAACAGAAUUGUAGAUAGAUUUUAUUUUCUCUCUUUAUAAAAGAAGAAACUCAAGUGCUGCAUUUGAUGAGUCAAUAUAAUAGAAUUAUGUUUAGGACUGACUAGAGAGAGUUAAGGGCAGCAAGAAAAAAGUUUGUCAUACAGUGGUAUUUUGUGAUAUGAUCGAAACAUUUGUAAAAGAGUCUUUUUUCUGACUAAGGAGUGAAGAGUGUCAUUUGUACAGAAGUCAAGAGAGUUAAAGAUAGUUUCGUGAGGUUUUCGUGAUUUGCAGCCAUUUAAUUUUUUUUUAAAGCACAGAACUUUUAAUCAAGAAAAUAUUUUUUAAAAAGGUCCAAUUAAACUAAUUCAGUAGAGUGUUUAAAAUUCAUAAGACAGAAUAAGCAAAAGUGUAUGGCAUUUGGCUUCACUUAGUGGUCUUUAUGUAAGGGAAAACUUUAGCAGUAUCUGUAUGGACUCUGUUCACUCCUUUGUAGAAAUCAUAAAACUAGCAUUUUUCAAUGAUGCCUACGGGAAAAUACUAAAAGUUUCAAGUAGGAAAAAUAAGUAGAACUAUGUAGGCUAACUAAUACUCAGUAACAGGGUAAGUAAUUUUUACAUUUUUGUAUGUUAUGUCAUAAAGGGAGGCUGAUACUAGAAUGGUCAUGGAUUUGACUGUUAGAAAAAGUUAGCACUUUAGGUUAUUCAGUUCAAGCUAGUUGUUACAAUUUGGCCUCUUUAUGAAAGGGCUAACAUUUUUAAAAAAAUCAAUAUUCAGUUACAUGCAACAGUAAGCCAAGCCAAUUCUUGUUUGAUCACUUAUGGCAGUCUCUGAAAAUGGGGUCUUUUUGUUUCCAUAACACCUUUAUCACUCAUAAAAAACACACAUUUUUGUCAAAUAGAAAUAAAAUCAUUUAAAGGUAUUCUGCUGAGUCUGUGGUAGAUUUCCAGUAGUCAGUUCCUAUCUUGGUGGACUGUGUUUUAUCAGCAGAAUUUCUUGUUCAAGGCUCAAACCCAAAGACUUGCCAGAUCUCCUUGAAACCUAAUCCCACUGCCCUCAUAGGCUUAUUACAUUUCCUGGUGUUCUGUUACAUAGUCACCUCACCUUUGCAGAGGAGAAACAAGGAAAGUUAUUGGCUAGGUGACAAAGGGAGAAAGAGGAGAAACACAUUUUGGAUAUGAAAGGGAUGGGAUAGUUGACAGUCCAUCGUUGAUUGGCACAAAAGGAAGACUGGUGGUGAUGGAGAGUAUAAAUCAAAGUAAUGAUAAGUGACACUUGGGUAGUGUACUGACAUUUUAUUAGAUGCAGCAAAUGGCUUUUAUUAGCCACAGCUGUCUGGCUUUAAUACAAAAGAGAAAGGAGUUUAUAAAUAUGAUGAAAGAGGAGGAGGAGUAGAGGGAGGAAAAGAGCUUGCAAAGGUUACUAUGUAUCAAAAUGGCAUUAAUAGAGUAUUUCAUGUUCCUUUUUUCUCAACACAUUCAUUAAUUCUCUAACAAUUAUGGUCUGAUUUAUUUCUUUACACAUAUGGAAAGUGAGGAAAAAAAGCAAACCAUUCUUUUUCUUGUUCAAAUGGGAAAUUAAGGGAAAGAUUUCUUUUACAAUUGUUUACUUUAUCAAUAAUCAAUAAAGUUCUAAUUAUCUUUAUAUAAAUGGAAGUGGGAUGGGAUAUUGGAAAAUGCUGCCCUUCUGCUGCCUAUAUCAUUGUGCAGGAAUGAAAUUGAAUUACAGAUUUUGAUAGUGUGCUGGAGUAUAAAAACAUGGAAUUGUGCCCACCGAUUGACAUUUUGAAGCCCUUUCAUAUGGGAAACAAAAAGUGUACAAUGUUUAAUGACCUGCAGGAUGGUGUGGAUUCUAAAGAAAGGCAUUCUAGAUGAAAAGAUGGAUAUUCUGCUCAAAGAUUUCUUUGAAUCACCAGACAUUUUCACUUAAACAGAAUAGCAAAGAUGGCUGUCCUUUGAAAAGAAGAGGGAAACUAUGAAAAAAAAAGAUGAUUUGAAAAGUUGGCUCUGAUAGAGAGGACAAAACCUAUAGGAAAUGUUCUGAGAAUGAAAGAAAAUGUCCUUUUGAGUGUAGGUAUACGGAUCUCUGAAUAAUACCAUAGGCUAUAUUAAAGUCUCAGAGGAAAGAGAUAGUUCUAGAUUGGGAGUUGUCUUUGAGAUAAUAUGGUUCAGGAAAAAGUUGUUUUGGAUGAACAACUAAAGUGAAGGGCAGUGUAUUCUCCCCUCUAAAAGAAAACACAGCCAUUUUUCCAUAUACCACCCUCAUGUGCCUUUUGUGAAUGAUUGAGACCACACCAAAACUAUUUUGGACCUUCAGACCCUGAGGUAAAGGAAAAACCAGCAAAUGUAAAUCACCAUUUUUUUUAUCCUUUAUGGUCAUCCAGAUUAUUCAAAACACUUAUAUUAGUAGAAAUUAGCAUCAAGGAGCCAGUAGCAAUUAAUUGUUCAGAAUUUAGGUUUCUGUGAACAUUCUUUCCUGAUUGUGUGGUAUAUUCAAUUUGUGCUGUAAUUCACUCUUUUCUGUAGAGCAUUCAUGCUAAGAAGAGAUUUGGUAAAUGUUGAUUUCUACCUUUAAGUGAAAUAAUUAAUUUUGAUUUCACAUUAGGAAAUGUGUUUAUAACUUAGUAAAAAAAAAUUGGUUAUAAUUAAAAAACUGAUGUAAUAAAAGCAUUAUCAUUGAUAAUUAGAUGCCUACU